AAUAGGUUGCUAUACAUCGAACUCACGUCAUGUCCAAGAGCAAGAAACAAGCCGCCAAGCUGAAAGCCCACCGCUUGCAAGUGGCAGCUCAACCAACCAAGGCGACCAAGGUUGCCUCGCUCGUGAUCGAUCAAUUCGAGGACGAAAUCGUCGCCCAGGAAGAUCUGGCCAUCACGGUUGAGACAAUCUCUGCUAUCUUGGAAGAACCGGAUGUGCUGAGUGGGCCGAGAUACAAGGAAUUGAAACGGGUCGGGUGGGAGUUUGGGAAGACUUUGGCGGAGCUUGGGUCGGGAGCUGGCUCCUCCAUCCACUCUAAGAUCUCGCACCUACUCUCCUUAUCGCUGUACAGGCAAGCUCUUGUUCUCCUGUUCGACCUAUACGUCAACAAGACGCCUACCAAGCUAGGUUCCCUGCAGCGAUGGGUCCGGGAUUGCGAUGCGACUAGCAGACCAGGCAGGGUCCUUACUCCUGAAGAAGCUGAGGAACGAGACGUUGUACUCAGGUGUCUUGACAUGGUACUUCGCGUAUGUGGAGAGGACGGUAAGGGCAAGGGAAAAGGAAAGGAAAGGCUAGAGGAGUUUGAGGAUGGGCAAGAUGAGGGCUCAGUCAUCCGUCGGAUGAAGGUGUGGAGCGUCAGGCAAGAGAUCGAGAAGGCUCGUGGCAAGGAUGGGCAACCGGGCUCGUUACAGGAGGAGAAGCCCCUCUGGGAUCUGAUUCAGAAAGGAUUCGAGGACGAUAGCAGGGGCAGCCUCCCCUCAUUCUAUGCUGUACAGACCACCCCGGGCCACCUUCGCCGACCUCCCAACGUCUACGCUUCCACGGUACAAGCCUCGAUGACCCCCUCGCCAAUCCCUUUCCCUGCUUGCUCCGAACCCGCAUUCUCUUUGUCCCACCCUGCCAUCCCGACAUGCUCAAUGUUGCUGAACAUCCUUCCCCCUACCACAUGCGAGUCUAUCAUCCAGAUGGCCAACACGCUUGGAUGGGAACCUGAUCAGGCCGCGGGAGGAUCGGCUGUCGACAAGACGAGCGUACUAGCCCACAACGUCGUCUGGCUCGCUGAUGAAGAGUUUGUUGGGCAAUUAUUUGAGAGGACAAGGCCAUUCGUUGAGGAGACCGUCAGGGGUAGCGGGGAGAAGGGGGAUGGGUCCGGUGGCAAGGUCAGGGGGAUCAACAGGAGGUUUAGGGUGUAUCGAUAUGGACCCAAGCAGGUUUACAGGCCUCACAUUGACGGUGCUUGGCCAGCUGCAGGAGUCGAUGCCGAGACUGGGGAAUACCUUCAUGACUCAUCGCCAGCAGACGACCCGUUAUGGUCCAGGUACACUUUGUUAAUCUACCUUAACUCGGACAUCAACGCCUCUGCCGCCGCCCCUACUGUGCCGGGGGCGACGACCUUUUUCCUCCCUUCCCCCUCGUCGAUCGGGACCUUGUUGGCCUGUCCUAUCGCCCCGGUUCAAGGUGCCGUCCUCGUCUUCCCUCACGGAGACGCUCGAGGUUCGCUCUUGCACGAGGGAAGCCCGGUAGGGGAUAACGGCUGGAAGGUCGUCAUCCGUACCGACCUCUUGUACGAGGCCGAAGGGUUCGGCGAGUUUGCGCCCGGGAAGAAGAGAAAGUUGGUCCCCGAUCAGGAGGACAAUGAUAGAGGAGUCAGCAAGAUGGCCAAGAUUGUUGACAUCGAGGGAGGUUCGGUCGUCGGUGAGGUGGUCGUGCCCAAGGCGAUGGGAGAACAACAUGCCGGCGAUGGCGUCGAGGGGAUCGGAGGAUAAGCUCAAAGGGGAAUGCGAGGGCGUCUAGGGAAGAGACAUCUGCCUGCUUCUGACUUGCUCUCUUCAUGACCAUGUAUAUCGUAUAUACCCUAUACAAUUCAAAUACAUUCGAUGUGCGAUCGC